UUCCGAACAUUUGUUCAUGUUCAAAUCAGAAUUAGACCAACGUGACUACUUGUAUACACAAAAACAGAGGGAAAGUUGGUUCUUAACCGGAAUAAAUGAAUAUCUAUCGAAACUGUAAUUUAACCAAAAGACAAGGAGAAGGAAAAAAACGUAUGUCGGCGCGUCAUCCUGCUGCCAGCAUCAUCUGAUCCUCUUCCUCGGUUCGCGUCUUUGAUUUUUUUCAACGGAACUUCAAGCCUCUCUAAUGGGAAAUUAGGGUUUUUUUUUUCAUUUUCUGUCUUAGCCUCUUUGCUUACUCGGAAUUCGAUUUGGUUCCGUUGCAAUGGUGGAGAGACGGAAUCCUCUGGUUCUGUCAUCCACUAGGUCUACACUCCGUUCAGUGCUAAAUUCGCUACAACCCGUCGCUGCCGACGGGAUUUCGGGCGGAUCCGAUUUGUUACGGCGGAACGUUAGGUUGUCGGCGGGCAUUCUCCGGUGGUACCGGGACGGAGAAAAAAAUUCCGAUGCAAAGUUUGAUUCUUUUGAUGACUCCGCAUUGGUCGGACUCUCGACUCAAUUGCUCAAGAGACUAUCCAUCAACUCUGGCUCUUUGGUUGUUAUCAACAACACCGAGAUAGGCAUCCAACGGAUAGCGCAAGUUGUUGUACUUGAUCCUCCCAAGACGACGACGCUGGAAGAUGAAUCUGUCACUAGCCUACCUGUUUCGGACUCUCUUCAUACAAUGCUUGUGUUUCCCACUUACGAUUUGAUGACUCAACACUCAUUAGAUCAAGAGGUUGCUUACUUGUCCCCAAUGUUAGCUUUUAAUCUUAGCCUGCACGUAUCUUGCCUGAAAUCCCUCGUCCAUGGAGGGAACGAGGUCUUAGAGAAGUAUUUUGAUGCUAAAUUUGACGGGGAGUUAGACGGAAAAUCUGCAUCAAAGAUUGGUUUGGAUAUAGAACCUGUGUCCCAAGUUCCAGGCUAUGCAUCACAUCUGAGAGUUUCGUUUGUUAAAAUCCCAGAGUGUGGUACCAUUCAGUCCCUCAGAGUCAAUUCGUCAUUUGAAGCCGAAGAGCGACAAGGAUUAAUAGAUUCCGCAUUGCAUGAGUAUUUUGGAAUUGAUAGACAGCUGUCAAGAGGCGAUGUAUUCCGCAUUUACAUUGAGUGGAACUGUGGUUCAAGCAUUUGUAUCCCAUGCAGUCAAAGGUUAUGCUCCAAGAGCGAGGACUUUAUAUAUUUCAAGGUCAUCGCUAUGGAACCUUCAAAUGAGAGGUUUCUUCGAGUCAAUCACUCCGAAACCGCUCUUGUACUUGGAGGAACUGUCUCCUCUGGUCUUCCACCAGACUUGCUGGUAUCUAGAUCAAAGGUUCCUAUGCCUUUGCAGGAGGAUACAGUAAAUAUUUUGGCAUCGGUGCUUUCCGCACCUCUAUGCCCAUCAGCACUCUCCUCGAAACUUAGGGUUGCUGUUUUACUUCAUGGUCUGCCAGGGUGCGGGAAGAGAACUGUUGUUAACUAUGUUGCUAGGAGGUUGGGGCUGCAUGUAGUUGAAUAUAGCUGCCACAGUUUAUUAUCAUCAUCUGAAAGGAAAACAUCUACUGCUUUGGCCCAGACUUUUAAUAUGGCUCGAAGGUAUACACCAACGAUACUUCUGCUCCGCCAUUUCGAUGUAUUUAAAAAUCUGGGAUCUCAGGAUGGCUCACAGGGUGAUCGAGUUGGUGUGGCCUCUGAUAUUGCAUCGGUUAUUAGGGAACUCACUGAGCCAGUUUCUAAUGGUGAAUACAGUUCCAUGGAAGAAAAACCGAAUAGCGAUUUCUCUGUAGAUGAAGUCAGGAAGUUCAGGGGACACCAGGUGCUGUUAAUCGCAUCUGCUGAAAGUACUGAAGGUCUCUCUCCAACAAUCAGGCGUUGCUUUAGCCAUGAAAUACGAAUGGGUUCUUUAAACGACGAACAGAGAUCUGAGAUGCUGUCUCAGUCCCUCGAAGCUGUGUCUCAAUUCCUUAAUACUAGCUCAGAUGAAUUUGUGAAAGGAUUAGUGGGACAGACUUCUGGUUUCUUCCCUCGGGACUUGCAUGCUCUUGUAGCUGAUGCUGGCGCAAACUUGUUCAACAGUAAAGAGUCUGAGACCGAGAAGAUUAAUUCUCUGUCAGAUGAUCUUCAUGGAGUUGAUGCAGACCAAGCAAGCAGCAAUGAGAUAUUAACAGCUAAGGAAGACUUUACUAAAGCAUUGGACAGAUCAAAAAAGAGAAAUGCAUCAGCGCUUGGUGCUCCUAAGGUUCCUAAUGUGAAAUGGGAUGAUGUUGGAGGGCUUGAGGAUGUCAAGACAUCGAUAUUGGACACAGUUCAAUUACCUCUCCUGCAUAAAGAUUUGUUCUCGUCCGGAUUGCGUAAACGUUCUGGUGUGCUUCUCUACGGCCCUCCAGGAACAGGGAAAACUUUACUGGCAAAAGCUGUGGCGACAGAGUGCUCCUUAAAUUUCCUAAGUGUAAAAGGUCCAGAGUUAAUCAACAUGUAUAUUGGAGAGUCAGAGAAAAAUGUUCGAGAUAUAUUCGAAAAGGCGAGGUCUGCGAGGCCUUGUGUGAUCUUCUUUGAUGAGCUGGAUUCUCUUGCUCCAGCACGAGGUGCUUCUGGUGAUUCUGGAGGAGUCAUGGAUCGAGUGGUCUCUCAGAUGCUUGCAGAGAUUGAUGGACUGAGUGAUUCUUCACAGGAUCUGUUUAUAAUAGGAGCAAGCAACAGGCCUGACUUGAUUGAUCCAGCUCUUCUACGACCUGGCAGAUUCGACAAACUUCUAUAUGUUGGAGUCAACUCUGAUGCGUCUUACAGGGAAAGGGUCCUUAAAGCACUGACUCGGAAAUUUAAGCUAAGUGAAGAUGUAUCGCUAUAUUCAGUAGCAACCAAGUGUCCAUCGACAUUCACUGGCGCUGAUAUGUAUGCGCUGUGUGCCGAUGCUUGGUUUCAGGCAGCUAAGCGAAAGGUCUUGAAUUCAGAUUCAGGGGAUUCUCUUCCAGAAGACGAUCCGGAUUCUGUUGUUGUAGAGUAUGUGGAUUUUAUAAAGGCGAUGGAUCAGCUUUCGCCGUCACUCUCCAUAAGUGAACUUAAGAAGUAUGAGGCGCUUCGAGACCAAUUCGAAGGCCGUUCGAGCUAAACUCUCAGUAGUAUAGUGUAUCUCGAGAUCCGGAUUUUAAUCUGGUAUAUGAGCUGAAUCAGCUGAUCAAUUUGGUAUCAGCAAUUUUUUAAUUGGUUAGUUUGGUUAUCACAAUUUUUUAAUGGGUUGGUUUGGCUAUCACAAUUUUUAAUUGGUUGGUUUGGUUAUCGCCUUUGAUUCAGAUUUGACGACCUCCUCCACAGAGCCACCUUGAUUCUUUUUUCUUCUUCUAACACCAUUUCUUCUUUCUCUUCCGCGACAACUUCCUCUUUCUCAACGCAAUUUGGUUCAUUUUCCAAACGAUUCCAUGGAAAACCUCUGCCUAAACCCUUUUUCUCGAGCUUCACCCUGAAAUGGUUCUAUGGCCUCUACAACUACCUUCAUUUUUUUCUCUACUUCCUUGUCCAUUAGCCUGCUGCUUCACUCCGCUCUCUGCCAAGUCUUUUUCCUUCUGUUUCCACUCUUUCUCCUUAACCCAAUGGAUACGUAGUUCGCCGGAAUCGAAGCCACACUCUUCAUCUUCCCAUCAAUUUUCUUCUCCACUGAAUUUUCCUUGGCAAAAGCUCCUCACUCACUCAUCAAACCAAACCAAACAAAGGAAAGAGGGGAAAAGAGUAAGCGAUCGGACAGUAAGCGACAAAGCCCGUAAGGCCCAUUGGGCUCUCGAACUGUAGUGAGAAAGAGCAAUAAACGCACGCACGAAUUAUUACGACAUAAAUAUUAAAUAAAUAAAUAAAAACGGC